AGAGCGGCGCUGGAGCUGCAAGUGGAAACGAAACAGCAGCCGCGCAGCGCGCUACUGUAGAAGACAAGCCCACAGAAGAGAUGUAGCGUAGCUUUGCUGGGACUUCGUGUGCUCAGUCGUCUCUGGCUCUUUUACGGCGGAGCAUUUUGGCCGAAUCUCAGCGCAAAAUGGGACGAGCCGCUUGUAUAUUUUGCACCACGACGCAGUGUGAAUGUGUCGCGUAAUGCGAUCGCGAGGAGGAGUUGCCUUUUGGGGGGGAAACGUUGAUGUUGUGGGACGCUUUUCGCCGCGGAGUAGCUAGUUGCUAGUGCUGGCUAGCGGCUGUUGCGGCUACUCGGGACGUCUUUUUUUUUUCGCAAGGAUGCUCCGAUGGAUACGACAGCAGCUGGGCUUUGACCCGCCCCACCAAAGCGACACCAGGACGGUUUAUGUCGCAAACCGCUUCCCGCAGCACGGUCACUACAUACCUCAACGUUUUGCCGACAACCGAAUCAUAUCAUCAAAGUACACCAUUUGGAAUUUUGUCCCAAAGAAUCUGUUCGAGCAGUUCAGAAGGAUAGCCAACUUUUACUUUCUCAUCAUCUUCCUCGUACAGUUAAUGAUUGACACACCGACUUCCCCCGUCACGAGCGGUCUGCCCCUUUUCUUUGUCAUCACAGUAACGGCCAUCAAACAGGGCUACGAGGACUGGCUGAGACACAAGGCCGACAACGAGGUGAACGGCGCCCCUGUGUUUGUUGUCCGCAGUGGAAGCCUGGUCCAGACAAGAUCCAAGAACAUCCGGGUGGGGGACAUCGUACGCGUCGCUAAAGAUGAGACCUUUCCGGCCGAUCUGGUGUUGCUGUCAUCAGACCGUUCGGAGGGCACCUGUCACAUUACCACUGCCAGCCUCGAUGGAGAGACGAAUCUCAAGACGCACUUCUCGGUAGCAGAGACGGCCGUCUGUCAGUCGGUGUCCCAACUGGAGACCUUGCAGGCUGUCGUCGAGUGUCAGCAACCGGAAGCUGACCUCUACAGGUUUGUUGGUCGAAUAACAGUGACUCACCACGGGGAGGACGUUGUCAGACCACUAGGUCCAGAAAACUUGCUGCUACGAGGGGCCAGGUUGAAAAAUACCAAAGAGAUAUUCGGUGUUGCAGUUUAUACGGGGAUGGAGUCCAAAAUGGCCCUCAACUAUAAAUGCAAGUCUCAGAAACGCUCUGCAGUGGAGAAAUCAAUGAAUACCUUCCUAAUCAUCUACCUGGUCAUCCUGCUGGUCGAGGCUGUCCUCAGUACCAUUCUGAAAUAUGCCUGGCAGGCUGAGGACAAAUGGGACGAGCCCUUCUACAACCAAAAGACCGAUCAAGAGAAAAACAGCAGCCCGAUUUUGAAAUUCAUCUCAGACUUCUUGGCAUUCCUGGUUCUCUACAAUUUCAUCAUUCCCAUCUCACUCUAUGUUACUGUGGAGAUGCAGAAGUUCCUUGGUUCCUUUUUCAUAGGCUGGGAUUUAGACCUGUACCAUGAGGAGAGUGACCAGAAAGCUCAGGUCAACACCUCAGACCUCAAUGAAGAACUCGGCCAGGUGGAAUAUGUGUUUACCGAUAAAACGGGCACCUUAACAGAAAAUGAAAUGCAAUUCCGGGAAUGUUCCAUCAAUGGGAUCAAGUAUCGGGAAGUGAAUGGCAAACUUGUGCCAGAGGGUCGAACUGACGAUUCGCCAGAUGGCUCGAUGGCAAACUUGGAUGGAGAGGAAUUGUUAUUUCUCAAAGCGGUGUCAUUGUGUCACACAGUCCAGAUCAGCUACGACCAGCCAGACUGCCUCUCUGGCGCAGGAGAUCCAUUCUCCCACGUCAACGGAUUUUCCUCCAAUGAAAUGGAAUAUUACGCUGCUUCACCAGAUGAGAAAGCUUUAGUGGAGGCAGCGAAGAGAAUCGGUGUGACCUUUUCCGGGAUCAGAGGCGACACAAUGGAAAUCAAAACGUUCGGCAAAGCAGAGAAAUAUAAACUGCUCCAUGUGUUAGAGUUUGAUGCCAACCGCAGACGGAUGAGUGUCAUACUCGAGAGCCCUUCAGGUGGCAAAGUGCUGUUCACCAAGGGAGCAGAGUCGGCCGUUCUUCCUUUCGCCACUAGCGGUGAGAUCGAAAAGACGAGAAUUCACGUCGAUGAGUUUGCCUUGAGAGGGUUACGGACCCUGGUGGUCGCAUGCCGCCACUUCAGUCCACAGGAGUAUAUUGAGGUGGACAGGCAUUUGAACAGCGCCCGUACUGCGCUGCAGCAGAGGGAAGAGAGACUACAGCAGGCCUUUGGCUACGUUGAGAAAAACCUGCAAGUCCUCGGAGCGACGGGGGUGGAAGACAAGCUCCAAGACAAAGUUCAGGAGACCAUCGAGUCCCUGCGCCUAGCGGGAAUCAAAGUGUGGGUGCUGACCGGCGACAAACACGAGACGGCGGUCAGCGUCAGCCUCUCCUGUGGUCACUUCCACCGAACCAUGAACAUCCUGGAGCUGCUGCAGCAACGCUCGGACAACGAGUGCGCCGAGCAGCUCCGCAGGCUGGCUCGAAGGAUCAAAGAGGACCACGUCAUCCAGCACGGACUGGUGGUGGAUGGAGCCAGUUUAUCUUUGGCUUUGAGGGAACAUGAAAAGCUCUUUAUGGAAGUUUGCAAAAACUGUUCGGCGGUGCUCUGCUGCCGCAUGGCCCCGCUGCAGAAGGCCAAGGGGUCGUCCCGCCUUUUUCAACUCUUGGCCUUUCCCGGUGUGGGAAGCGGCGCCCUGACGGCUCUUUCUGUCGCCGCAGGCAUUAUGGGAAAGGAAGGUCGGCAGGCCGUGAGAAACAGCGACUAUGCAAUUGCCAGAUUUCGAUUUCUGGCAAAACUACUGCUGGUCCACGGUCACUUCUACUACAUUCGAAUCGCCACACUUGUGCAAUACUUUUUCUAUAAGAAUGUGUGUUUUAUCACACCCCAGUUUUUAUACCAGUUCUUCUGCCUGUUUUCACAGCAAACUCUGUAUGACAGUGUUUAUCUGACACUGUACAACAUCUGCUUUACCUCACUGCCCAUCCUGGUGUACAGUCUGUUUGAACAGCUUGUUCAUCCACACGUCCUGCAGACUAAACCGGUUCUGUACAGAGACAUCAGCAGGAACGCUCUGUUAUCUUUCCGGACGUUCCUCUACUGGACGGCCUUGGGCUUCUGUCACGCUUUUGUCUUUUUCUUUGGCUCCUACACACUGAUGGGCGAAGACACCACGCUGAUGGGCAACGGGCAGAUCUUGCGAGCUAACAGGCAGCUGAUGUUUGGCAAUUGGACUUUUGGGACGUUGGUCUUUACGGUCAUGGUCAUCACUGUCACGUUAAAGCUGGCAUUGGAGACUCACUUCUGGACAUGGAUGAACCAUUUUGUGACGUGGGGCUCAAUUGCCUUCUACUUCAUCUUCUCUCUCUUCUACGGAGGAAUCAUCUGGUAAGAAAAGUCCUGACAUCCA